UAUCAAUAUUUACUAGCGGGUCGACCCAUGGGCCCAAUGGAUGAUAACCAAGACGCCCUAAACAAAGAAACCGAACCCGACGUCGUUUCCUGUGGCCGUCCCGCAUAAACCUUUCCGUCGGCGAGCCCAGUGACAGAGUGACCAAAACCCCACAAAGCUCGAAGCUUUCUCCAAUGGCGUCCUGCAAAGUUAUCUCUAGGUUAUCCUCCCGAUUACAGCCCUUCACGCGCAAUCUCACCAAUAAGUCGCCGGCAUCCGAGCUCUCUCAGCUCAAGUCGAGCCUUCUCUCUGCUGCCUCCGCUCCUGUCCGACGCAUUUCUGGUCUUUCCAGGUUACCAGUGGAGUUGGGAUCAAUGAUGCCGUUGCACAGCGCGGUGGCUUCGGCGCGGUUGAUAUCGAGCUUGUCGAUUGACUCUCAGAACUGGGGAUUAGUUCCUCAUGGGAUUUCAAUGCCUUUAUGACAGUGUCUCCCUGUAUCAAGUUGUCUGGCAUAGGCAAUGUAGGUCUCGUGUUGACAUUUUCUUUUACGAUCACUUUAGUGACAUAAGAUGUUGAACAGUUCACCGGACACCCGUGUCUGUCGAUUUUCAUCCUUUUGCUAGAAUUCCUUCUUCAAUGAGGCUGGAUGCUUUUCUGUUUAUCGAUGUUUGGGCAUUACAAAAGGCGAGAUGUGCCCGUCAUUGUGUACCUUAGUUUAUCCAUGAGGCCGGACACUUUCUUUCUUAUUGCUUUCAGCUACAUGUCCAAUUACAAUUUAUACACGACAAGUUCAAUUUCAAA